AAUUAUAUGAAUACUAUGUCGAUAUUUAUGGAAUUAUAACAACCGAUAAAUUUUAUAAUACAACGUGCUAUGAUUAUUAUAAAUAUGCUACGUUCAAAGAAAGGCUCUAUGAUUAUUUUAUGAAUCCAUGUUCUAUCUCUUAUAAAGUUGACUGUCCAAAUUUUUUGAGGAAUGUAAACAGUACCAUCCAGAAAAGGUGUUACCUGAGUUUAUGUAUUACCAAGAUAUGCUAA